CGGCCGGGCGUGCACUUUGCAGACGGUCCCUGCUCGCCAGCCUGCCUGACCCCGCCGCCUCGCUCGCCGCUCCCAGGUGCCGGCCCCAGCUGUGGCGCCGCAGCUGCUCCCCGCCGCAGCGCACGGGUGGCCGCGGCGGACGAUGGGCGAUGGGCUCGGCCCAGCGUGGAAGGAGGUAUUUCCUGUGUGUCAGCAUUCUAACGGAGUCAAAUAUCUCACAGCUACAGAAUAUUUUUAAAGCUACCACCCACCUUGUUCUUGAAAUAACUUCAGAUUUGGCACUUCAUUAAAAAGAUUGAUGAUACAGCUUAAAAUGCAGCAUGACUAGAUCGUGGUGCAUGUUUUCAGGAAUUGUCUUCAAUGUUGAUUUCUUUUCUCAUCACCACUCUCUUCUACUACUACUACUACGGUAGCAUCUCUCCGAAUGGUUCCUUAUUGAGCAGCAGGAUGGAACUGAAAGGAGGAAAUACACUGACUAAUGCACCAGAGUGAGAUUGAUUCCUGCAUUGUGAUCUUUACAUACCUGGACCAUGCAUUUGCUCCUUGGUUUCUUGCUUUAAGAACCCGUGCAGUGAUUGUGAAGCUGUUGGGAAGCCAUGGCAUUCUUUACUCCGUGGAAACUCUCUUCUCAGAAACUUGGGUUUUUUCUGGUGACUUUUGGCUUUAUUUGGGGAAUGAUGCUUCUGCAUUUUACUAUUCAACAGCGAGCUCAACAUGAAAGUAGUUCAGUGCUUCGUGAGCAAAUAUUGGAUCUCAGCAAAAGAUAUAUCAAAGCAUUGGCAGAAGAAAAUAGAAAUGUGGUUGAUGGGCCUUAUGUUGGGACGAUGACAGCAUAUGAUCUAAAGAAAACUCUUGCAGUCUUACUGGAUAAUAUCUUGGAACGUAUUGGCAAGCUAGAGUCCAAGGUGGAGAACCUUGUAAUUAAUGGCACCGGAGCAAACUCUACCAACAGUACCGCCACUGCUGCUCCCAGCUUAGGAACAGUUGAAAAGCUUAACGUAGCAGAUCUCAUUAAUGGAGCCCAGGAACAGUGUGAAUUGCCUCCUAUGGAUGGCUUCCCUCACUGCGAGGGCAAAAUAAAGUGGAUGAAAGAUAUGUGGCGAUCGGAUCCAUGUUAUGCAAGUUACGGUGUGGAUGGGUCUACGUGCUCCUUUUUUAUUUACCUCAGUGAGGUUGAAAACUGGUGUCCUCAUUUACCUUGGAGAGCAAAAAAUCCUGAUGAAGAAACUGAUCAAAAAUCAAUGGCUGAAAUUCAUACCGACUUUGAUCUCCUCUACAAAAUGAUGUCAAGGCAUGAAGAAUUCCGAUGGAUGAUGUUGCGCAUCAGACGAAUGGCUGAUGCGUGGAUUGAAGCAAUUAAAUCACUUGCAGAAAAGCAAAACCUGGAAAAAAGAAAACGAAAAAAAAUCCUUGUUCAUUUGGGACUUUUAACAAAGGAAUCUGGAUUCAAGAUCGCAGAGAAUGCAUUUAGUGGUGGCCCACUUGGUGAAUUAGUCCAGUGGAGUGAUUUAAUUACAUCUCUCUACUUACUGGGCCAUGACAUUAGGAUUUCAGCUUCACUGGCAGAGCUCAAGGAGAUUAUGAAGAAGGUUGUAGGGAACAGAUCUGGCUGCCCGACCCAGGGAGAUAAAGUGGUAGAACUUAUUUACAUUGAUAUUGUGGGACUUACUCAGUUUAAGAAAACGCUUGGUCCAUCAUGGGUUCAUUACCAGUGUAUGUUACGAGUACUGGAUUCAUUCGGGACUGAACCUGAGUUUAAUCAUGCUCAUUAUGCCCAGUCUAAAGGCCACAAGACACCAUGGGGGAAAUGGAACCUUAAUCCACAGCAGUUUUAUACAAUGUUCCCUCACACGCCAGACAACAGCUUCCUUGGGUUUGUAGUGGAGCAGCAUCUGAAUUCCAGUGACAUUAAACACAUUAAUGACAUCAAAAGGCAGAACCAGUCACUUGUUUAUGGCAAAGUAGAUAACUUCUGGAAGGAUAAGAAGGCUUAUUUGGACAUCAUUCAUACCUACAUGGAAGUCCAUGGAACCGUCCACGGGACAAGUACUGUCCAUAUGCCCAGCUACGUGAAAAACCAUGGCAUACUUAGUGGGCGGGAUUUGCAGUUUCUGCUGAGAGAAACAAAAUUGUUUGUUGGACUUGGAUUUCCAUAUGAAGGGCCUGCUCCCCUAGAGGCUAUUGCUAAUGGAUGUGCUUUUCUAAAUCUAAAAUUUAACCCACCGAAAAGCAGCAAAAAUACAGACUUUUUUAAAGGCAAGCCAACACUCCGAGAGUUGACAUCUCAGCAUCCCUAUGCUGAGGUUUACAUUGGGAAGCCUCAUGUCUGGACUGUGAACAUCAAUGAUCCUUCUGAGGUCGAGAACGCAGUGAAAGCAAUUUUGAAUCAAAAGAUUGAACCUUAUUUGCCCUAUGAAUUUACAUGUGAGGGGAUGCUACAAAGGAUGAAUGCAUUCAUUGAAAAGCAGGAUUUCUGUCAUGGGCAAGUGAUGUGGCCACCAUUAAGUGCACUGCAGGUAAAAAUUACUGAACCUGGAAAAUCAUGUAAACAAGUUUGUCAGGAAAACCAGCUCAUCUGUGAGCCAUCCUUCUUCCAACACCUUAACAAAGACAAAGAUCUGCUGAAGUAUAACGUGGAAUGCCAUACUGUUGAAUCUGCAAAUGAUAUUGUGGUCCCAUCUUUUGAUGAAAGCAAGAAACACUGCAUUUUUCAGGGCGAUCUUUUGCUGUUCAGCUGUGCAGGAUCUCAUCCAAACCACAAACGAAUCUGCCCCUGCAGAGACUAUAAUAAGGGACAGGUUGCACUUUGCAAAGAUUGUCUAUAGCAGCAGCAGCAGCACCUUGCUUUAGUUUUGGGACGAACAAAGUGGUUUUGAGAGAACUACUUAUACUUCCUGCACUUUUGUCCAAUUGUCUUGCUGCAGGCCAAGCAAAUGCUGCCAAGCGGAAUUCUCUGAGAAGAGGGAUUCAUAACGAACAUCUAAAUGAUUUUUAUUUUUUUCUAAGUGAACACUUGGCAGUGGAGCUCUUUGAAAUCUUCCACCUACUCAAGGAGAAGAGUAACGAAGUUCAAUGCUUUGUAACAAUUUGGAGAUCAUUGCGAAGAACAGUUUGUAGAAAAUUCCCAGACCCAUCAAACUUUUUUUUGUUGUUUUUUGGAUGAAACAAGUGUUUUCUAUUUUUUUAACAAGUUAAAACAUCCCGUCAUUGUCAGCUAAGAAUCUGAAUAUCAUUCCAGUUAAAAAAUGGGGGGGAAAUGCGCUUGGGGGGUGGGGGAGAGGACUACAUUUAUUAUUGGGGACUGUUUUGGGUGCUGCUGCAGCUUGAAUGGCUAUAAAAUGGUGCAUUUCACAAGAACUUGGAACCACAAGGUAACACAAAUAACAAUACAUAGCUGCUUGCUCCCAGUCCUUUUUUAAAUCCUCACGUACUACAAGGUAUCGAUGGCAUCACAACUACUGUACCUGGAGCACUCUAAACAGGGAGCUCUGGGAAUGUGAGGAUCAGAGGCUGCCAGUGUGUGACAAAUUCUGUUGUUGCUUGAGAACUGAUUGAUUGUAACAUACUCCGGUGUGGAACCGCCAUGGAAGCAUAUGGCCAUUUUAAAAUGGACUUGUCGUCGUCAGUUUACUGGGUCUGUUUAGAGAGUGAUCCUUGGAAUUUGCCCAUGCUUCUGUUGUAGUCUGCCUAUUCAAAGUACUCUGUGAAGCAAAAAGUAUUCUGCAUCAUUUGAGCAAUAUUGUUUGAUCCUCAGUUUGCUAUACCUUACAGUAGUUAAAACAUUACUGCAAGACGGAGAAAGGAUCAACAAACUAUAAUUUAUUGUAUCAUAGGAAUGUGAACAGUCUUCAUAAAAAGCUCUGUUUUUAAAGAGGAAGAUAUUUUAAAGAGCUAUUAUGAGAGAAGGAAAACUUCUUAGGAAAAAUAUUGUUGAUCGCUUUUCUGGAUUCUUUGUCCUUUUUUUAAAUAAGCGACCCAGAGAUAUAUUUAAAAACUACAGUUAAUUACCAAGAGUUUGAAUUGAAAUCUAGACUUGUUUAGAACAAUGAACCUAAAUCUUUUUAAAUAGUAACAUGUAUCUCUUUUUUUUUUUUUUUUAAAGAGUAAAUUUCUAUUUUUUUUGCAGCACAAGCUGACAUAUUUGAAAGCACUGUUCGUGGCUGGGAACAAUGACAUUAAAUUAGAGGGAAAUGAAUUGCUUAGUCUGCAGUAGGAUUUGAAAAAGACCAUAGCUUGCAGGUUUAAAACUUGGGUAUUUCCCAGUCAUAAUUGAAAAACCUCAAUUUGAUUUUUUUCCCCUUUCUUUGUGAAGAUUUAACAAGCACUACCCAGUCUCUCCAUUAAUGAAAGUAUAGGCACUUUAAUAUUUUUCUCUAGACUAUAUCGGGUUCACUCAUUUUUUUUAUAACCAUCAUUCAUUAUCUAGGUGAGAGUAUUGAAGUCUCUCGUGACCUACCAAAGACUAAAUAAGGGAAACACGACCGAAACUGUCAAAAUAUCAAGAGAAGUUAACAGAAAAGUAGAAGUUCAGUUUCCAACUUGAGUGUAAUUUCAAGUAUGUUUAAAUUCCCUAAUUCAACACUACCAUUUCAUUGUUACAUGUGUAACAAGUACUGCAGACUAGAUAGAAAUUGGUGUCUAAAUGAUUAUUGAGUAUGCAGAAAGCAUAUAUGGCAGAUACCUGGGCAGCAGUGUUUAUAAAUAAUAACUGGGAUGUAAUGAUAGUAAAGCUUCUGUAAUUGCAAUAAUUCUGCAAAAAUGGAACAUAACUGGUUACUUAUUAGGCAUAGUUUUGUAUGAAAAGAAAUUGAGCAGUUUUGGGGAGUGUCCCAGGCGUUCCCUCAGUCAGAAUGGAUGCUGUUUGCAUUGGCUUUUAUUAUCCAGGGAACUCUUGAUUCUUGGCUUUUUUUAGAAUUGGAAUCUGAGGUGCCUCAACAGUUCAUUUUAGGUGUUCUCCAUAUUCCUGUACAUAUGAUACGAGUACAGGCAGAAGAAUCCCAGGCUUUAAAGAAAAUAUGAGCACCAAUUUGGGCCUUAUAUCUGGCAUUAACUUAUUGGUGACAACAGAAUCUGCCUUUUUGUGAUGCAACCUGAGUUUCUGUAAUCAGAAAUGUAAUAAGCUAGAUGGAACGUCACAUCAUACAUUGGCAAUAAAGACUUGUGCAAGCGUGCUUAAACAAUCCAAAGCACCAUGCCUACUGUAAUAUAACAAUUAGAAAACAUUUGCUGUUUUUAAAAAAAAAAAAAAAAAGGCACUCAGCUGUAAAUAUACACUUACUUGUUUCUUACCAUUCAAUGGCUUAAUACAGUUUGUUUUGCCUCUAAAAACUGAGGAUAGAGGAUUUCUGCUAGUUUGUUGAUACUGCCAUCUCUGAUGCACUGUAUUGUUCAGUAAUAUAGUGCUGUCAGUGCAGUCUUUACCACAGCACGGGGAAUUAUGACCUCUAUAGUAUUAAUGUUUAUUUCUGAGCUACUGAAUUUUGUUACUGUAUAUUGGAGGAAGGCCGGGGGGAGAGAGAGAACUAUUAAGCUCCUUCCAGUAGCAGAAAUCAAUGAAAAAAAUUUUGGACCGGGGGGGGUGGGGAAUAAUCAGUGGGGCUACAUCCUCCUCCCACUGAGAAUUUUGGGAAUUUUGCUGUUCCCUUCAAAAAUCCUGCCCAAUAUGAGACAUUUUCCAAGGACUUUGUUUUGUUGUUGUUGUGUCUAAUUCUUGAAGAUGCCGAGCUCUCUAUUCGAAAGGAAAAGUAGUCUUACAAUGUGCAGCUUCAGUUUUAUUUUCUGAAAGAGAAAAGCAUGUUAGAUCAUGGGAGAUAACUUUCUGCAUAUGCAUAUUCUUUGUUUUCAAAUUCUGCUUUGCUUGCCUUGAAGACUUAUUGGAUAGGAAAAAACGGAAGUUGCUAUCAACAUUUAAAUGGAUAGUGAUUCACUAAAUCUGAUACUUUGCUUUGUUUUUUUUUUCCUGUGGUAAUAGUCUUUAAAUUUAUAAGCAAGUGGGUUCUUGUACAACAGCUGAACACUCCAUUCUGAAAAUAAGCACUCAGGCAGAUGGAUAGGGUAUUAUUUUAGAAAUUAUGAAUCAUUCAGUAAAAUUGUUGCCCGUUUUUUCUUAAAUGUGGACACACAAUCUUCUGUUAGACUCCAUGAUUAAGCUGAGUCUUUCCCCUCUUACUUAAAUAAUAAAUGUAUAGUCCACAUACUGCAGUUGAAUGAUGGCUUUGUGGAAGAAUGAUUGGUUAUCAGAUGGGAUUUCAUUAAUGUAUGUAUUAUACUUUGUCACUGAAACUCGCACUUCCUUUUUCAGACUUCAGUUUUUUGCAAGAAUUAGUUUUGGAUACCCUGACCAGUAAUUGAUGGAAAUCAGGUGUGUCAAAACUGAAGUAUAACCACCAUAUUAUAAUCUCAUAAACAUAUCCGUCAUAAAUCAAGACAUUCUUUUGUUUUAAACUUUUGUAUUUUUUGUAUGUGACCUGAUUUUUGAAAAAUCUUAUUCCUAUGAGAUUAGAAAACUUGAGAAAAGAAUUUACAUAAUUUAUUAUGGUUAACAUAAAAGGCUUGCCUUUGAAAGGUAAAGUUGGUAAAUAUACACUGUUUAAAAAUGCCAGUAAAAACCUCAUUUAUUUCAUAUAUGCAAGUUGAUUUGCACAUGUAUAACUAGAUACGCUUUUUGCAUAUUUGGCUUAGUUUUCUUUAUGGUUGUGUGUCUUUUGUUUCUCUCUCUUUGUAAUUUAUUAGUUACAAUUGUGUGUUUUGCUUAAAGUCAGAUUUAAGUUACUUCUGCAAAUAUUUAAUGUUUAUGUGCCUUUUUAUUUUUGAAUGGAUGUUUAGAAUGAGCACUGUGUGAACAAGUAUAAUGGAACACUGAUUUUAGGGUUAAAAAAAGGCCUUGUUGCUAUAUAAAUACUAAGUGUGACUUCUAAAAUGGUUUUUAAAUAGCAGCGAAAAGUUGUCUAGAAAUAUGAAGGAAAAGACAUAACUGGUUCUUUGCAAAGAAUCACCACUGUAAAUGUAAAAGAACAGGAGUACUUGUGGAACCUUAGAGACUAACAAAUUUACUAGAGCAUAAGCUUUCAUGAGCUAUGCUCUGAUAAAUUUGUUAGUCUCUAAGGUGCCACAAGUACUCCUUUUCUUUUUGCGAAUACAGACUAACACGGCUGCUACUCUGAAACCUGUCAUUGUAAAUGUAAUAUCCUUUGUUGAAUAUGUUUGGUCUGAUGGGAAGGUAGUGCAUUGGGAUCCAAUAUUUAAACAUAGCUCUAUUGUUUAAUGACCUUGGAGCAAAAUAGAUCCACUAUGCCCCACAAAAUUGCCAAAUGUGAGUUUGUCAAGGAAAUGGAAGAGACACAUUAAAGAUUGUGAGACACUCAGAUACUUCAGUAAUGGGGAUAUAUAAGAUAGACUUGAGUCUGGGUGCCUGAAAAUAUUUUGUUCAUUUGCUGGCACUACUAGCCAGAAUACAAUCAUUUGCUUUACAUGGGUAUCUUUUUAUGCAAUUAGAGUCCAUAAUUGAGAGGGAACUCAGGGUACUCAGCACCUGGCAGGCUCUUGGCGAUUUAGAAAUGUUUGUCUUUCCUGCAGGAAAAGGAGAUUUUGAAUAGCUUAUGAUAAAAUUUCAGUGAGAAAGUAGCAUGAUCUACUGGACUGACCUUGGAAGUGGGGGCCAGGAACUCCUAGCUUCCAGUUGCAGCUCCAUCACUGACUUCUGCGUCAUUUUGUAAGUAAUUUAUUGCCUGAUUUUUUUUUUCAAAGCUACUUAGUCCCUACAGCUUCCAUUGACUUCAAAUGGAAAAUUGGGUCAUUAACCUGUUUCUUUUCCCUCUGUACAAUACAGUUCUAAUACUUAUCGUGCUUGCGUAUCUCAGCCUGGUGGUGUGAGGACUUUAGCUUGUACUCCACUUUGAAAAUGCACAGUACGGUGCAACAUAAUGGCUAGUGUGCCCUACCCCUUUACAUGGCUGACUUACCAAAGUGAUAUAGAUGAUUUUGAAGCUUAGAAUUGUGUUUUUAAUGUAUACAAGCCCAAAUUGCUUUCUCAAGUAUGUCUGGCUCACAGUGCAUUUAGGGCCAGAUUCUGUUUCCAUCAAAGUCAAUGGUAAAAAGGACUUGAAAGGAGGCUGGAUCAGAUACUGGUAGUCUUUGCAUCCACCCCAUCCAUUCUUUCUUCUUCAAAUUAAGAAAGUAGCUAGUCCCUUUAGUAAACAGGAGGCACAGUUUGAUUAACAGGAUUAACAGUUUGAUUCUAAUGGGAUAAAGGUUGCACAAUUUAUCAAUGAUAGGCUCUCUUGUGCAUUAUCAGUCAUAAAUGGUUCUGAAUAGUUCACUGCUGCUAUGAUGCAUCUUUCUACCGUGACACCUCAUUUAUUUAAAAAAUGUAUGUAAUAUUUUAAAUAGGUUGAAGUUUUGUUUAAAUAUCCAUUCACCAGGUGUGUGGGUGUGUUUCAGUUUCUAAAUAAAAACACAGAUGACAGAUUCCUAGUAUGACAAUCUUAAGUGGGAAUUGAGUGAUGAGUUGUUGCUGUAGCUCUGAUUUUAUUCAGAUGUACUAGUUUUGUUGGCAUGGCCACUGCUUUCUGAUAUUUGGGCCACAGCCACUUCACUUUUAUCUCUUGAUUAUCAGAGCUACAUCCACUUCUAGUUCUCCUUUGUCCCACUGUCUUUGGGGUGGAUCCAAUCAAUGAGAUUUUCAAUUGGCAUCAGUCUGCUUGGAACAAGAACAGGGAAGGCUCAGGAAGCCUUUAAAUAAAUGUAUUGCUGUUACUGUAAAUCCAAUAUUUAAAUAUAUUGCUUUAAAAUCGAUUAUUGAAACAAAUCUUUUCCUUCAUAUUUUUAAACUUCUUUAUAGAAAACUAUUUUUUCAGUUUGUUCGAAACUUUUCAGUAUAACGCUAUCUAAUAGAAUAAGAAUGUGUCAACAAGUUCAGCAAACUGGCUCCUGAGCAUGAGUGCAGACUGUAGGAAAUGUAUAGCAAAUGCAAAUGGCUGAAGCUUGGCUGUCUCCCAUUGAGUUAUCAAUCCUAUCCUUGUUCACAGAGAUAAAUGUCUUAACACAGUUCAGCCACCACAAACCUCUUAUUUAUAAUUGUACAUGGCUUAAUUUUAUUUUAAGUCCUUUUAUGUUAAUACUGUUAAAAACAGCAAUACUAUUUUGAGUCGGCAGACCCACUCUCACCCUUCAAGAACUCAACAUUAAUUUAAUUAAUGUAACAUUGUCAAAUAGUUAAGACCCAGUAUUUGCUCUGCUUUAAAUUGUAAUAAAAUUGGAAUAACCUCAACAUUCCAAAUACAGAACCUGCUUUAAAGAUCCACUUGCUAUAAAAUCUGUAAUGGCUUUCUGUCUGCUGUCUGCAGGAGAGAUUAAUACUAUGGGUGGUCUAGACUGACACUGUGUGUCCAACAGCAUUAAACUGGACUACCCAUGUGAGUAAAGCUACUCAUGUGCACAAGUUCUUUAGGAUCAUAAGGGUGCAUGUUGCAGCAUUGCAAUAUUAUGGACUCCUUCCUGUUCCGACUGAAGUUAAUGGCAAUGUUUCCAUUGACUGCUGUGAUAGGAGAUGUUUGCAUCACACCGGAAGUACUAACUCUCUUGUGUCACUGUUAGAAAGCAUAGGGCCAAAUCCACUUUAACCCUCCCCUGGCUGUGCAUUAAGGGUUCAGUCUUUCAAGGUUCUAGACACUGGUCCUGAUCCAACAAAGUUUUAAGCAAGUGAAUAGCCUCAUUGAGUGGAUUGGGCCUAUCCAUUUGCUAAAUGUUAAAUACUCUGCAAGAUCAGGACAGAGUGUGCAGCACCUUGAGAUCAAGCCUCAUAAGAGCACAAAACACAUGGGACAAAUUCAUCCCUGCUACCACUCCAUUACUUCAGUAGGGUUCAGUAGGAAUGAAUUUGCUGCAUUCAUUAACAAAUUUUUUGCUGUAAUUAUUGAUGCUGGAGACUGUAAAAGAAAGUAACCACCUUGGUUUGUUCUCCCUGAUAAAUACAGGGAGGAACAAGGAAAUGCAGUAUUUGCCAAAUGGAAAAGGAAAUUACUAGGGUCAGAAAUGUUACCUGGAAGAAAAUUCAAGAAAAUUUAAAAAUUAUAAUGAAGUAUUUUGAAAGGCCUAAUUCUGCUGUUUUUUCUCUCAGAAAAUUUUGAAGUCAGUGGGAGAUUUACAUGUACACAAGAACUUCAGGGUCAGGCUCACAUUAUUUGUUUUUGUUUUUAACUAUCUCUUGAAAUUUAGUUCUUUGCUUUUCUGAAUGGUUGUGUUCCACUAUAUUAGGUUCAAGCGGUUUGAUUCACAUAGUACAAGUUGCAAUGGCUGGUAACAUAUUGUCAAAUUAUUGAAAUUCAUUAGAAUGAAAUUCUUUAAAAAUAUGUAAAUGUCUGAAUGUGUAUUUUAAUGGCAUAGAACUACACUUUGUUUUUGGUGUUGUAGAGAGAACUAGGGAGAACUUUAUUUUUCAAUAAACUUUUUCUUGUGUGAUUUGGA